AUGACUUCAGGACCACCAGGACCACCGCCCUUCCCUCCUGCUGGGUCCCCUCCUCCGGUUCCCGAGGGAUGGAGAGCAGAGUGGAGCAAUGAGCACAGGACCUGGUAUUACUUCAAUCCCUCAACCCAAGCAUCAACAUGGCAAAACCCCCUAAACAACGCACCUCCUCCACCUUCCCCACCACCCUACGCCAACGGCUCAAACAACCGCGAUCUCUGGGAUAAUGACGAGAAGUCCUCCUCCUCCACAGCUCGUGGCUUCCCACCAGUCCUCAACCGCAUCUUCGGUCACAGCCACAGUCCCGCUCCUCCUCCUCCAACGCACCCCACCGGUACUUUACCACUCUACAUUCACUCUGCCUGCUUCUGCGACGCAGACAUCACGCAAAAGCUCCGAGCAAUGAUCACGCCCCAGCAAACUCUCUCGCUCCGCUGCGAUUCCUUGACCUUCCACUUCGGCGACCCGUGGCCUAAUCACAGGAAGCAAUUCUCGAUGCUGUACUCCUACGGUCAACAGCCCUGGCAACUAAUCGCCUGCGUCGAAGGUCCUGAAACCAUCAACCUCCACCCCAUCCAUCCGGUCGACCAUGCGCGUGCUGCAUUCGUUCAGGCACCGAAUAGCAGGGUCGUGGCUUUAGUGUGGGGAGCGAAGAACGCAUUGGUUGAUCCUGAGAGCUCGACGGGGAGGAGCAAGGACAUGAAGAUGAUGGAGGUGGAGAGGGAGGGGCGGUUCGAGGCUAGUAAUGCGUGGAUGGGGUUUGAUGGGGCGCCGAACAUGGAGAAGAUGGCGGUUGUUUAUUAUAGGCAUGCGGAUGGGAGUGUGGGGGUUUUGACGGCGAGGGAGGGCGAAACGGUUAGGUUGCCUUGGAAUGCUUUUGCUGGUGCUAUUUAG